AAAUAAUUUGAGCACAUGAUUUUGGAGCAUCACAUCAUCAUUUUCUCCAAGCAUCACACCAUUCACUUUUUCUUCAAGCUUCAUGGCAUUUGCUUUCUUUUCAAAUGAUAUUUCCCAUGAAUGCCAAUUUAGUGUUUGUAAUAGUGAAUCACCAGCUGCUCCUUUGAAAUUUGCAUACUUGAAGAAAAUUCAUGUUUUAGGAUACAAUUUCACACACAUUACCACUUGUCAACAUAUUUAUAUUCUUGCAUCCUUUAUCACUCAUUUCUCAUCCAUGUUUAUUUCUUUUCUUGCAUUCCCAAAAAUGCAUGCUUUAGGAUACAACUUCACACACAUUAUCACUUUAGAGCAUAUUCAUGUUCCUUCAUCCUUUAUCCAUUGUUUGGCAUCCAUAAGGACAAGAACCAAUAGCAGCCUUGAAGAUCAAAAGUUCAAGCACAUCGCACUUUAUAUGGCUCUAGCAAUCAAGGGAUUCAUCAAGGAAAGGGAUGCAACUACUCAUUGAACAAUUGUACUUUUGAAAGAUCUAGGAAUCAGAUUUUGCUAGGAACUUGAAUGCUACCAUGUUGAUGUACUUAGUGUGAUGAACUAGGCUUUUACUUUGUAAUGAAUGACCACCUUUGUAAUGCAUGUUGAAUUGCUUGUAAGUGUCUUUUCUAUAGCCCUUGGAGUCUAUGGAAAUCUCAAGGCAUUCAAAGAUAUUUUGCUUCAUCAGAGGCUCCUUAGGGAUUGGAAAUUGACAAUGUGUGAAUCCAUAUAGCAGUUGUCGAAGCAUUAAAUCAUGCAAAAUUAU